AUGACUACUACUACUACUACUUCCGUCCUCCUCAUAGGCAGCAUCCCCCUCUCCUCCGCCAAAGAAGUCUUCCUCACAACCUCUGCCGCCCUCCCAGGACGCCUGCAGGACCUGCCGGACAGCGAAACCGGAUUCGAAGCAACUACAUCGCCUGGCAGGCGGACUGCUUCCGGAGGGAGACCCGGAGAGAGAAGCACCUGGACAGAAAUACGUCUCUGGGAAGCUGUUAAGCCUUCGCAGUAUGACACUGCUGCGCUGCAGUCAUAUGAGAUAUUUCUCAGACUGGGAGACAAGAAUGCCAUUCCGUCGCAGACGCGCUUCCAGGUCUGUCUCCCUUCACCAAUGGCCUGUGUCCAGUGGCAUGUCAAGCCCGAGUUUCAUGCAACGCUAGAACCGCUCUAUGAGCAGCGGAUCCUCGAAGCGCUUGGUGUUAGUCUCGCAAAGAUUCCUGCUUCAGAUCUAGCGAUUCAGUGGGAUCUGUGCUUUGAAAUCAUGGCGCUGGAGUACGAACGGGGCAGGAUCAGCGAUCCGUUGUUUAAACCUCAUUUCUUGUCCUCCUCCUCGUUCUUUUCAGCAAAGCACGGCAUUCUGGACCGGAUCAACCGUCUCUGUGAGAAGAUCCCCGCUGAUGUUCUCCUCGGAUUCCAUUUCUGCUACGGCGAUCUUGGACGUAGGCACUUCGUCGAGCCGGAGGAUACGGCUGUGAUGGUGGAUCUGGCGAACAGCAUCUCCAAACGCAUCAGUCGUCCUGUCAGCUGGGUGCACAUGCCUGUGCCCAGGGACAAAGAUGACGUCGGCUAUUUCGAGCCCUUGAGGGGAUUGGACAUUGGAGACCAGGCGCAGCUGUAUCUGGGUCUUGUGCAUGCUGGCGAUGAAGAAGGUACAAAGAGGAGAAUCAGGACUGCGCAGGCGGUUGUCAGUCGCGGUUUUGGCGUCGCUACGGAGUGCGGUUUGGGGAGGAUGCCGUGGGAUGAGGUGGAGAGUGUGUUGAGGAUUUUGAGGGAGGUGACGGUUCCUUGCCAGAAAUAUCAGUAA